AUUAUUGUAUAUUGCGACACGGUCAAGCGAGCGGUAGGAUUGGCCGAGGCAUUGCAGUGCGUGUGUUAUCAUCGGAACGCAGGAAGCAGCCGUGAGAAGCAGGAGUUGGUCCGACAGUGGACCAGCGGAGAGCAGCAAGUGUUCACGGCCACCAAUGCAUUAGGGUUGGGGAUUGACGCGCCGUCGAUUCGAGCCAUCAUCCAUGUCGGGGUGAUACGAAUGAUCCGGCAGUAUUCGCAGGAAAGCGGACGGGCGGGACGGGAUGGAUUGGCGAGCGAGGCGAUCAUCAUGAGGGGGUAUAGAGAGAUCCGGGGACGGCGAGUAUGGGACAAGAUGCCCGAGGAGGUAGAGGAAGAGAUGUUGGAAUUAAUAGACGGGAAUGGAUGUAUGCGGGUGGUAUUGGAUGGAGCGAUGGACGGUCGAUUGGAUCGAGAAGGAUGUGAAGAGGGGGAGGCAGCAUGUCAGCGUUGCCGAUUGGCGCGGUGGCAUGACGAGGGAGAGGAGGAGUCCGGGGCAAGAGAGCCGACGGAGGAUACACGAGUGGAGGGGACGGACGAAGAGGUCGAGGCAGGGGCAGGGGCCGAAGAAGAGGUAGAGAGGGUGGAAGAGGGAGAAGCCGAA